GAUCCACAAUGGCGGCGGCUCCGCUGAAGCUGUUGUUGACACCGCUGGGGCCGGGACCUGGGUCUGGGCCUGACAGCGGCUCUCGCAGUCUGCGUGCCGCCAACGGCUGCUCGGUCAAGGUUCUAGAAUGCGGAGUUUGUGAAGAUGUAUUCUCUCUGCAGGGAGACAAAGUACCUCGCUUGCUCCUUUGCGGUCACACCGUCUGCCACGAUUGUCUCACCCGGCUUCCACUACAGGGGAGAGCAAUACGUUGUCCAUUUGACCGACAGGUGACUGAAUUAGGUGAUUCAGGUGUCUGGGGCUUAAAGAAAAAUUUUGCUUUGCUGGAGCUCCUCGAACGUUUGCAGAAUGGCACUGCCAAUCACCAUGGAGCAUCUGAAGAGGUUCUUGAAAUAUCAGGAGAGCGCAUUAUCCGCUGUGAUGAAGAUGAAAACCACAUUGCAUCCAUGUAUUGUACCGUCUGUGCAACUCAUCUUUGUGCAGACUGCUCCCAGCUAACACACUCCACACGGACCUUGGCCAAACAUCGACGAGUACCUCUGGCUGACAAGCCACAUGAGAAAACCAUGUGCUCUCAACACCAGGUGCAUGUGAUUGAGUUUGUUUGUUUAGAAGAUGGAUGUCAAUCCAGUCCCCUAAUGUGCUGUGUGUGCAAGGAGUAUGCAAAGCAUCAAGGUCACAAGAAUAUACUCUUGGAAACUGAAGCAAAUCAAAUUCGUGCAUCUAUUUUAGAUAUGGCACACUGUAUCCGUACUUUUACAGAGGAAAUCUCAGACUAUUCUAGAAAACUUGGUGGGAUUAUUCAGAAGAUUGAAGGAGGAGAGCAAAUAAUAGAAAGUAGAAUUGGAAUGGCUCACUCAGAUCAUGUUCCAGGCAGUGCUGAGAAUGCACGUUCCUGUGUUCGUGCAUAUUUCGCAGAAUUGCAUGAAACUCUCUUUAGGCAGGAGGAAAUGGCACUGAGUGUAGUUGAUGCUCAUGUGCGGGAGAAAUUGAUAUGGCUGAGACAACAGCAAGAGGACAUGACAAUUCUACUGUCUCAGGUUUCAACAGCUUGUCUCCACUGUGAGAAAACAUUGCAACAGGAUGACUGCCGUGUAGUGAUGGCAAAACAAGAAAUCACUCAUUUGCUGGAAACAUUACAGAAACAGCAACAACAGUUCACGGAACUCGCUGAUCACAUUCAAUUGGAUGCUAGUAUCCCUGUCACUUUCACAAAGGAUAACCGUGUUCAUAUUGGGCCCAAGAUGGAGAUACGUGUAGUCACUUUGGGACUGGACGGAGCAGGCAAAACAACUAUUCUUUUCAAAUUGAAACAGGAUGAGUUUAUGCAACCAAUUCCUACCAUAGGUUUUAAUGUUGAAACUGUAGAAUACAAAAACUUAAAGUUUACUAUUUGGGAUGUAGGAGGCAAGCAUAAACUGAGGCCACUUUGGAAGCAUUAUUACCUUAACACACAAGCAGUUGUAUUUGUGAUAGACAGCAGUAACAGGGACCGAUUGAUGGAAGCACACAGUGAAUUGGCCAAGUUAUUGGCUGAAAAAGAGUUAAGGGAUGCUUUACUCCUUAUCUUUGCCAAUAAACAGGAUGUAACUGGAGCACUUACUGUAGAAGAAAUAACCGAGUUACUCAGUCUGCACAAGCUGUGCUGUGGUCGCAGCUGGCACAUCCAAGGCUGUGAUGCCCGGAGUGGAUUAGGACUACAUGAAGGGUUAGAUUGGCUCUCAAGACAGUUGGUGGCUGCGGGUGUGUUAGAUGUAGCCUAAUACUGCCCUAACAACAUGCUUUAUUGCCACUUUUACUUGUAAAUAGCUGCUUUAACACGUGUCUGUGACAUCCAUAUUGUCUGUAUUUGAAGAUGUAGCAACCAGACUUGGUUUAAUUGAGUGGAGACAGGAAGUUGUAAAGCAGACUUGAAAUGUAAUUCAGAAUUUCACCAAGAAAAGUAAGUUCAAUUAAAUUGUGUAUUUGUUGCACUACUGUUAUUGUGAAUAGUACAGCUAAUCCUGUUGUAGCUCCAAAUUAGUUCAAUGUGUUGCCACUUUAAGAAAAAAAGUAUUAAUUAAAAUAUUUGUUUUAAUCUAGUUUUGUUUUUAGUGAUGCUGUGUAAGUUUUGAACUUAACCAAGGUAUUAAUUUAACACUAAACAAGUUUUUUGCAAAUGGGACAAAAUGUAUUCAUUUCACUAUGCACAGUACCACAUUAUUCAGAAAUAACGAUGGGUAUGUUUGUGCUUUAACCACAUUCAUGAAAUCUAUAAGGCUGUUUUGUGGCUGUCAGUUUGUUCACACAAUAAGGUUACUUUAACAUUACACAACUUUAUAGUUAGAAAGCAAAACGGGUAAGCACUACUUAUUCAAAGUACUCUUCAACAUAUGUGCUGAAAGAUCAAAUUGUAUUCUGCCAGAGUCACUGAAAAUCGGACCUCUGUACUCAACUCAUCCCCAGAGCAGCUCCAUAAAAAUGAAAUAACCUGAUCUAUGGGAGCCAGAGCAGUCAUGUUGCUGUCAACUGGUUGCAAGUAUUCAGCAUAUCUGGGGGAGUAUUUUUGAAUAAAUAACAUCCAAGCUUUUUUUUUACAUAUACAUCACAUUUACUAUUUAAAUACUUUUCUUGCUUGAGCUGUAUUAAAGAAUAUACUAAAUCUUUUCAGAA